UGUCUACUUUCUGCAUCUCGAGGUGCAUACCUGAAGAGGAUGUGAGCAAGGUGAAAACAAGAGACCAGUUUCUCUUAGUUGACUUAGCAUAAGAAUUUUCCUUGGUAUCACAUCUAAAUUCUGACGAUGUGUCAUUGAGGUGUCACUGAACUUGGUGUCAGCAAUGAUCGCCAGGUCGUGGUAGGCAUUAACUGGGACGGCCGAGCCUGCAAAAACUAUAUAAAUCACCGUCAUUUUCUUCAGAAGAUUCUUCUUCAUCCAUUCGGAAUCACUUCAAUCCACCGGCCACUCAAUACUUCUUUGAAUCGCUCAUCCAUUCCUACAAGUUCAAAAUGCAGCUCUCAGCCCUUGUCGUCCUCCCCUUCCUGGGCUUCACCCUUGCCGCAGCUGUACCAGCUCCUCUCGAGGCAGAAGAAUUCAACAGUACUGAAUCGGCGCUCGACAAACGUAUCGCCAACACCUUCUGUGAGCGGUUUAGAAGCCCAAGUGGAAUCUUCCAGUACACGAUCUGGACAGCCGGAUGGGGUAACAGCGACGACACCUCCCCGAAAGGCUGCGGCUCCGGCGUGCUUGACAAUCUCCGCGGCCAAUGUGGCGGGGGCACAGCCAUCAAUAGCUGGAAAUGUUACCAUGUCUAUGAAAACCCGCAUGAUACGCGGAUGACGUUCCAAUUCAACACUUGGACGGUUCCAUCCGGUGGUAGCAAGUGUGUGCAGGAUGCGAUUCGGUUGGCGAGUCCCAGUUGGAAGAAGGAGAGUGUUACGUGUAGGCAUCUCAACUAAAGACGAGAAGAGCCUUGGACGAGGUACAAAAGAUCGUGUGUCUAUGAACUCGCGAGGCUGAUCUGUCUAGGGGUCGAUGGUGCAUGAACUGGAGUAUGUCGGGAUGUGGUUCGUUGGUGUGCAUUCAUCCUGCUUAUUAGUGCCGUUCGUUAAAACUGUCUCAUCACUGAGGAGGGCGGAGGGGGAAAUAUAUUGUUCGCUUCAAUAGCCGAUUAUUUUUGAAAAUUAUCAAUUUUUCUUCUUAUUAAAUGUUUUU